UUAAAGAGAAAGAAAUGAGUUCAAAGAAACCAUCAUAUACUUUUGCUCUUCUCUUAUCUCUUCUCAUUCUGGUCAUGCUCACUCUUUCAUCUCAAGUUAGAGUAGUCGAGGCUACAAGCCGCAUACUUGCAAAUGCAAGACCAAUCAUAUGGACUCCAGCAUCAAAGUCAUGUGGAGCUUUGCAUGCAUCGUGGAAGAAGUAUCGUGGACCUUGUAAACGUCCUAAAAGAACUCCAAGAACUGCUCCUGCUUCUUACAACUCUCCAUAAUAAAACCACAAGACACAGUUUUACUUCUCUUUGUUUUGGAAUUUUCGGGGGUUAAUGUGUUAUGUGACAAAAUUAAGUGUAUGGUUUUCUUAUUUUGUUUCCCUUCCGAAUGUUUGAAUUUAGUAUGUACUAUAAUUAGAUCAUAUAUGCAAGGAUACAAACUAUAUACUA